UCUUGAUCCCUUGCAUUUUUAUGUGGUUUGUUUGUUUUAAUCGAUUCACUCAAGGCAAGUGGAGUGCAGAGGUUCCUAAAUAAUAUACAAUGUUGCGACAAUUGACCAGACAAUUAUGCCGGUCAGGCGAUCUUAAAAAAGCUGUGGCCCAAAGAACAAUUACCACCACCAACUGUCUGCGUGAUGGCGAAGCUCAAGCUGAGGAGAAAACCAUAUUGGUGGAUAAGGAGAAAAACAUUACCAUGAUUGGUAUAAAUAGACCACAACAAAGAAAUGCCAUUAAUGCCUCGACAGCGGCUAAAUUGUGUGAAGCCUUCAGUGCCUUUGAGGCAGAUGACACAUCGCCCAUUGCAGUUCUUUAUGGUGUGGGUGGAAGUUUUUGUUCCGGAUUUGAUAUUCUGGAAAUGGCUGCCAACGACGAGGGUAAGGUGUCCAUGGAAAUGCUAAUGAUGCCCGAAGGUUCGGUGGGACCAACGCGUCGCCAUCUACACAAACCCGUGGUGUGUGGCAUCAAUGGUUAUUGUGUGGCCAAUGGCUUAGAAUUGGCUUUGAUGUGUGAUUUGCGGGUUAUGGAGGAAACGGCGGUACUGGGUUUCUUUAAUCGUCGUUUUGGUGUACCCGUCAUUGAUGGUGGCACUGCACGUUUACCGGCCAUGAUUGGAUUUGCACGUGCUCUGGAUUUAAUUUUAACCGGCCGCCAAGUUAAUGCCGAAGAAGCACAUGCCAUUGGUUUGGUCAAUCGUAUUGUACCAACGGGAAAUGCUCUAGUUAAAGCUUUGGAAUUGGCUCAUGCCUUGGCUAAAUUCCCACAAAGUGCAUUAAAUCAUGAUCGGAAUUCGUUGUAUUCGUCCGUCUUUGAGGCAGCCAAUUUCCAUCAAGCCAUACAAAAUGAGAUUAUGUAUACGUCGAAGGAUAUUAUUGAUCAAAUGAAGGAUGGUAUUACGUGGUUUAAUCAAACCUUCAAAGAACACAAUCGUGACUCAUGGCUGAAGCGUGACAAAUCAAUGGCUGAUUGGGAUGAUCAAAUGGUUGCCGAGGCCGCCGCUCAAAAAGAAGCCGAAAAACAGGCCCAGGAACGGGCACGAAUUGAAGAAGAGAAACGUCUGAAAGAAGAAAAGGAAAAGAAAAAAGCUGAUAAAAAGAAAAAAUCGGAUGAAACCGAUGAAAGUGCCGCCAAAGAAUAAAGAACAAAUUUAAUUUAUUUAUUGUUGUAAUUGAAAUGUUAUUAAUGUGUCGGACAAGUAGUAGCUUACGAAUAUUUUUAUAAUUAAAAAAAACAAAUUUGCUAAUUUGUAAUGGAAAAAUAUAAAACAGAAGAAGACUUUAAUGAACUAAGGUUCAUGAGAUGAA